AUGGACGACGGUUGCGGAGAAUUUGCGGCGGCCGAGCAUUACGGAGAUCGAAUAGUGGCCUGCCGCCUCACAUCUUCACGUACACAGUCACGCGCCCAGUCACGCACGCCGUCACGUACGCAGUCACGUACGCAGUCAUGUACGCAGUCACGUACGCAGUCACGCACGCAGGCACGCAGUCACGCACGCAGUCACGCACGUAGUCACAAACGCAGUCAUGCAC